AUGUCCAUCCCCACAGCUCAACAGUGGCGCGGCACAUCCGGCUCCUGGGCCAUCCUCUCCGACCCCACGGACUCCAGGAAACUCUUCAACACCAACACACAAGAAUUUGAGAUUCCCGAGAGAUGCACGAUCAAAACCCGCACAUUCGCCUGCGGCUGCAGGAAAUACCUCGAAGAUCGCAUCAUCCGCUGCCAGAAAUACGUGGAUUGGCGGGAAGACAAGGUCUCCUUUUUCGACCACAGGCAGGGCAAGUGCGGCCAGGAUAUUAAAUGCUACGCCUAUGCGAAUGAAUACAAGGAUGGGGAAGAUAGAAGGCAGUCUCUGAAUUGUGGGGACGAUGGAGUGAGCUGCCCGUGUGCAGAGAUAGAGCCAGAAAAGGAUAGGCCGUGUAGCCAUGAAAAGCAACGAGCGAAGUUUCAAAAGAUUUCAGACGACGAGACAGCGAGAAUCAUUCGGCGCAAGAAGCAGCAAAAGCGCAAGAAACAGGAAUCGCGCAAGAAGGGAGAAGCGUCUGGUGGUGAUGCCGGGGCUGGGGCUAGUGGAGCCGUUGCAGCUGGUUAG